CUCAGACGUGCGUGAUUGUCCCGGCCGACGGUAGAAAUGGAAGAGGACUGAUAAGUGAUAACCGUUCGACUAUUUUCCUCUUCCAAUUUUGCCAUAUCCGCUUCUUUUCCCUUUUUACUUUUUAUGACUUAUAUUUUUUUUAUUUUCUGGUCUUAAAAAUUUCGAUAAGCAACAGAGUAACCCGCCCUGUCGCUAUUCGCCGUUGUUUUUAUAAUAAUUUUUCAGCAACAAUUUCAUUGCAAAUUUCACCUGGGAUUUCUGUUAGUAUACGAUUUCAUGAACAGUUUUUUCGAUUCUGUACUAUGAUCUAUGGCAACGUGUAGUGGAGAGUAGAGAACAGUAAAGCGAACGAACAACAAAUGGGUUCGGAAGCAAAUUCAUUAUCAGCCUCUUCCUCAUCAUCAACCUCAGCGCCGGCGUCGUCGCCGCCUCCGCCUCCGCCACCUGCGACGGCGAUGUCGUCGUCGUCCUCCUCCUCCUCCUCCUCUCCAAGUGGGAAACGAAGUAGGGACCCUGAAGACGAGGUUUACGUCGAUAAUCUCCAUUCUCACAAGCGUUACCUAAGUGAGAUAAUGGCGUCAAGUCUGAAUGGAUUGACUGUAGGUGAUGCUCAGCCCAUUCCCCUCCCUCCUGAUAAUCUUAUGGAAUCUCCUGCUCGAUCUGAAACCAUGUUUUAUCUCAGGGAUGAGAUGUCUGUAGAAUAUUCUCCAAUGUCAGAGGACUCUGAUGACUCACGAUACUUCGAGACCUCAGUCAACAUGUGUUCGUCCCUGCCAGAUAGCCGACCAACCAGUCCUGUAUCUCCUUACCGAAACCAAAGGCCGUCGAGUGGGUCCACAUCCACAUCCUAUCCUGCACAUAGUUGCCCUGCCUCACCCACCACCACAGCUACACAACCUCGUCAACGGGGCGGCUCAGAUUCCGAGGGUCGAUUCCCAUCCUCGCCCAGUGACAUUUGCCAUUCUGCAGACUUGCGUAGGGCUGCGCUUCUGCGGUCUGUACAAAUGAGGACUCAACCAACAGGGCCAUCAUCAUCUUCAUUUGAUCUUCAACCGUCAAACUCGGGACAACAGGAACAUGCCAAUCAUCACAAUAUGGAAGCAGAAUAUCAUGGACAGUGUACUUAUGUAAAGUCUUUAGUUGAUGAUCCUCGAGGAUACCAAAUUGAAGAAGAAUGCUCAGUCUUGAGUAUGGAGUCAGAAAAUCACGAAAAAACCUGUGAAACUCUGGGCACCACAUUGAGAAGUAAUGAUCCCGGGGAAUAACCCUAAACCUAUGCUUCCAAAUUUUCGAGUUUUUCUAGCAUUAGAUAUUCUGUACCUAGUGAGCUGGUAGUGUGCUAAGAGCAGGCCAUGAAUUGGACAUUUAUUGGAAAAACCAUGUCUGGCAAAUUUUUCAUGUGAACCGAAACCAUUAAUGAAUAGUGAUGCUGUGAUGCAUUACAUGAGAAGGUAAAAAUUCUUUGCAAUAUCCCAUGUAACACAACUCGGUCAAAAUUUCUGCC